AGAAACACCGUGCUGUUGGUGAAGAGUAGUGCACGUGAUUAGAUGUAUUGGAGGGGCUAAAUUACGGCAGAAUUGUUAAUUAACAGGGCGGUGUGCAACUAAAUUGUGGUGUCUCCUUCCCUAUUCUGGGUUCGUGGCUCGAAUUGGACCUUCCUACUCAACAGGGAGGGACUCACGAACGUUCUACCAAUCCUCGACACUAUAUUCCGCGCAACGAUAGACAGGAGUAGAAUGGCAUCUUAAGAGAAUUCGUUCCCCAUAUAUUUCUCCCAUACCAAGAUCUCGUCAGUUCUCACCAGCCAAGACGUUCAAUCGACCCUGAGGGCCACAUAUAUCUGUCUCAUCUCAUGACAUAACAACGCGCGAGUCGCUUGUCAUAGUUUCCCAAGAAGAGCGUCGAGUCUGCGCCACUCUUGGAACCAACUCCCUCUCCCGAUUCUCGACGCGUUCAAACGCCAUCACAAGGGCGAAGGGAUUUUUGUUUCCCUUCAGCCACUCCUUUUUUCAUGGAUCCUAACAAUUUGCCCCCGAACCUCGAGAGUGUCUCCGCUGCCUUCAACAGAAUAGCAGAGGACGUGAACACUAUCAACGAAGAGAUCCCACGUCUUGAUAAUCUAGAGCCCAUCCAGCAAGCCGGGCAAAUUCAGACCACGCUUGCGGAGCACAGCUGACUAUUUCAACGGAUCCUAGACCAACAAGCCAGUAACUCCCAGGAGACCUCACGCCGCCUGAUCGCCAUAGAAAACGCCCAAAUUCGGAAUUCAAAUUCACAACGCCUUCACUACGAUAGUUUAGCCAUCAUUUCCCCGCUUCUAGACCCCGAAACAGGAGUCGCUAUACGAAACUGCCCAGACAUAAUUGCAGCUAUUUACACAUUAUCUGCGCACCGAGCAACCAUCAUAGGUAUCCUUCAGGUCCCUAUACCCGCCUCUUUAGAAGCAAAGAGAGAGGCUGUACGGUUCCAAUUCAUCUAGGUUCAGUCUUCGCAGCUAUGGAGGUUGUACGGCGAGUUAUCAGACGCCCCCUGCGGUUAAAAGGGAAUUCCGCCGUUUCCGUACCUCUCGGCGUCGUGCUUUUAUUUCCCUUCAUGGUCGUUAUUUGCAUCCUGGUUUUGUUUGUGCAGCACCCGUCGUCGCUGGGGAGGGGGUUAUUAAUGCCUGCUGGGGGACCGCCAACUAUAAGGAAAAUUAGCGAGAAGUACGACAAGGUGUUUGUGACAGGAUGCGAUAUUCCGGAUACCACGAAGCCAAGGGCUAAUGCCGCAUUCGUCGUUUUGGCAAGAAAUAAGGAGUUGGAGGGGGUUAUCCAAUCGAUCAAGUCUAUCGAACGUCAUUUCAACAGAUGGUAUCAUUACCCAUACGUCUUUCUCAACGACGGCGACUUCAACUCAACUUUCAAGGAGACCGUCCAGAACUAUACCAGUUCGUCAGUAGAGUUUGGGAAAAUCGACUCGAGCAUGUGGGGCUUCCCGGAUUGGAUAGAUCCAAGGGUUGCGAAGGAGGGAAUUGCAAAGCAAGGCGACGCCGCAAUUAUGUAUGGUGGCAUGGAGAGCUACCAUUCCAUGUGCAGAUUCUACUCUGGAUUCUUUUACAAGCAUGAAUUGCUGCAAAAGUACGAGUGGUACUGGCGCCUUGAGCCAGAGAUCAAGUACUUCUGUGAUAUCACUUAUGACCCGUUCCAAAAGAUGAUCGAAAAUAACAAGACAUACGGGUUUACCAUCGCCGUGAAGGAAUUGAAGGAGACUGUUCCCAAUAUCUUCCGAUAUGCAUCUGCGUAUAUGAGAACUAACAACAUCAAGUCCAAGGGGCUCUGGGAGAUGUUCGUCGAGCCUGACCUAGAGGGACCGAAGAAGAAACGCCCAGAAGAUUCGCUAGGCUACAAGCCUCCAAUUCCAGAACCGAUUCUCCGCAAGGGCUCAUCAUUACCUGAUGUUGACCCCGAAGCCAUGGAAGGCGAGAAAUACAACAUGUGCCAUUUCUGGUCGAAUUUCGAGAUUGCAAGCCUCAGCUGGUUCAGGAGCAAGGAGUACGAGGACUUCUUUCAGAUGAUGGACCGCAGCGGCGGUUUCUGGAUGGAGAGGUGGGGCGACGCACCUAUCCACUCCCUGGCCGCUGGCGCCCUCCUUUCCCCGAGCCAAGUCCAUUAUUUCCGCGACUUCGGGUACCGCCACACGACUAUCCAGCACUGCCCUGCCAAUGCGCCAGCACGGCAGCUGAAGCGCGACCCGUGGCCCGAGAUGACGACUACGAACCCACGCAAGAGGCGCGAGGAAGACGAGUACUGGGACAGCUGGGACGACCCGAAGGAGAACGGCGUCGGAUGCCGAUGCCGCUGCGAUACGGACAUUGUGGAUGUGGAAGGGAAGGAGGGAAGCUGCAUGGCCGAGUGGGUCGAUGUUGCGGGUGGAUGGGCGGGUCCUUGAUUGGCUUUGGGGUAGCAUGCAGGCGGUUUAUAUUCAUGUAUGAACUAAUUGGGCAAAACUUGGGAAGGAGAGAGUGUGAAAUGGUGGCAAAUAUCAUGAUGCUGAUGAUUGUGCUUGCUAGGGAAAUAGGCUUAUUAGCAUAGCGCAGGUGUCGCAACAAGUAGGCUGCGGGAGGGAAACGAGGGUGCUGAUACGAGCAUCCGAGACUCGGCGUUUGCGGCUGUAGAACUUGGGGGGGAGGUGUAUUGUAUUUGUAGUGCCUUUAGCAUAGCUUUUUCGAAUACGGACUCAUGAUACCAU